CCGACCACAACUUACCACUGGUGACGCUGUCCUUGCAGUACCUGCUGGAGCGCGAGCCCCGGCUGGCGUCGCGCUUCGUCCUGAUCUCGUCUCCAGACGAGGAGGAGCAGGGCCCCGCCAGCCGCGAGGGCGUGCCCAGCCUCGCGGCGGGCUGCGACGUCGCGCUCGUGUUCGAGCCGCCGAAGGCGGACGGCGCGUUCAAGGACCGCAGGAAGGGCGUCGGCCGGGUGCAGGUGCGCUGGACCGGCCGGGCCACCCACUCCGGCAACCAGUACCACGAGGGCGUCAGCGCCCUCGCCGCCGCCUCGCGGCUGCUGCUGGCGGCGGAGUCCCGCACCCGCGCGGAGGACGGGUUCACCGUGAACGUCGGCAUCAUGUCCGGGGGAUCCGCGGUGAACACGAGGCCUGGCGCGGCGGGCAUGACCGUGGACGUCAGGGUGACGCGGACCGAGCAGUGGGAGGAGUUCUUGGCCUG